AUGGGUUCGAUAACACCCCAAUCGCUCGAACAGAUUCCGCUCUCCUACGCCUCUUGUUCAAUUGGCUGCGGAGCGAGCGACACAUUGCCACGACGACUGGAAGCAAUUGGCAAAGCUGGAUUCACUGCUAUCGAACUCUCUUUUCCAGACAUUCUCGACUAUGGCGAACAACUGCUAGGCCAUGAAAUUCCUCCUGAUGAUUAUAACGAACUAGCCUCGGUGGCCAGGGAGAUUCGCACGUUGUGCAAAGCCAAUGGCCUGACAGUAAUGAUGUUGCAGCCAUUUGCCAAUUUUGAAGGGUGGCCGAAGGACUCGCCCGAGCGAAAAGAUGCCUUCGAGAGGGCCGCCGGCUGGAUCGAGAUUAUGAGGGUUGUCGAGACAGAUUUGUUGCAGGUCGGAGCAACGGACACACCAGCGAAUAAAAUCUCUACAGAUCGCUCAACAAUCGUCUCUGACCUACGCGAACUUGGCGAAAUGCUAGCCAAGCACAAAUUCCGUCUCGCCUACGAAAACUGGUGCUGGUCGACGCACGCGCCCGGAUGGAAAGAAGUCUGGGAAAUUGUGCGUGAUGUCAAUCUCCCCAACGUUGGCCUUUGCCUGGAUACUUUCCAAACCGCUGGUAGUGAAUGGGGCGAUCCGACCUGCUCCACCGGAUUGAUCAACAAUGUGCCCCCGCAUGAGUUGACGAAGAAGUUUGCUGCCAGCAUGGAUGAAUUGGCGCGUACUGUACCAGCGGAUAAAAUUUAUUUAUUGCAGAUUUCGGAUGCGUAUAAGGUGUCACCGCCGUUGGAGGAUCAGGUUGUUGGAGGGUUGAGGCCGCGAGGUCAAUGGAGCCAUGAUUAUAGGCCGAUGCCGUAUGAUGGAGGGUAUUUGCCGAUUGAGGACGUUGCGAGGGCAGUGUUGAAGACCGGGUUCCGGGGUUGGUUUUCGAUGGAGAUCUUUGAUGCUGGGCCACAGGGGAAAGGGAAGAAGUAUGAGAUGGAACCGUUUGCGAAAAAGGCCAUGGAGAACAUGCAAAAGUUGUUGAAGAAUUGUGCUACAGAUAGUUGA